UAUAAUAAUAACAACAACAACGCCCCGCGUGUCAAUAUGUCGCUAUUUAACAAGCCCAGGCCAGGGCAACUUUUAAUAGGGACAUUUACUGACGAGGUUUGGACUUCAGUAUGAGGAAAACUCCUGCAUGUUCAAAAGAUGUAAAUAUAACGAGUUGAGCUACAACGCUAAAGAGGCGACUGCCACCGUUAGCUUUACAGCUACGACAGCUAGCAGAGGUCAGCGCGUGGAGAGGCGCCGUCAACAGAGCGCGACGCUCUGAAAUAAGACGUCGUUGUCGUCUGUAAUUGCACUUCGCCCUCAGACCCACUCGACACCUUCCGCGGGCGGUCGUCGGCAUGUUUCCGUUAGACUCGCCGUGGAACAUCUCCUUCGCCGGCUGCGGCUUCCUCGGCAUCUACCACAUCGGCGUGGCCAGCUGUCUGCUGGAGCAGGCCCCCUUCCUGGUGCAGCACGCCCGGCACAUAUACGGAGCGUCCGCCGGAGCGCUCACUGCAACCGCCCUGGUCACUGGAGUGUGUCUCGGAGAGACUGGUGCAAAUAUCAUCGAUGUCGCGAAAGAGGCAAGAAAGCGAUUCCUCGGACCCAUGCAUCCCUCAUUUAAUCUAGUGAAGAUUGUGCGUCAUAUGCUGCGGCGCACUCUGCCACCUGACUGCCACCACCGGGCCAACGGGCGGUUAGGGAUCUCUCUCACCCGAGUGACAGAUGGAGAAAACGUCCUGGUAUCUCACUACGACAGCAAGGAGGAGCUGGUGCAGGCAUGUGUCUGCAGUGCCUACAUCCCAGUGUAUUGUGGCCUUAUCCCUCCUGCACUACAAGGAGUGCGAUAUGUUGAUGGAGGAAUCUCCGACAACCUGCCUCAGUAUGAGCUGAAGAACACCAUCACUGUGUCACCGUUCUCCGGAGAGAGUGACAUCUGCCCCCGAGACACCUCGACCAACAUACACGAACUGAGAUUCACCAACACAAGCAUCCAGUUCACUCUCACCAACCUCUACAGAGUCUCCAGAGCGCUUUUCCCUCCAGACCCAAUGAUAAUGAAGACCAUGUGUAAACAGGGAUACAAAGACGCUCUGCACUUUUUAAAGAGGAAUGGAUUGCUUAAUUUCAACGGACCUCUCAGAGACAGACCCUUUCUAGUUAAUGAAAAAGACAAAGAGUAUCUUAGUGGGGAGAAGGAGGAGGAGGACAACAAAGGUGAUGAAGAGGAGGUUAAGCCACAUUUGGAAGAAGGAGCAGUAACGGUUCAUUCCAGUUCCUCACUAGAGGAGCAUAUCAUUGGACACCUUCCACCAACGCUGCACAAAGCUCUCGUUGAGGCCUGCAUGGAAAGGAGGAGCCUGGUGCAGUCGCUUGGCAACCUGCUUCCUGUCAGGAUGGCUUCAGCAAUGAUGCUCCCCUACACUCUCCCCCUGGAGUCUGCUGUGUCCUUGACUCUCAGGCUUCUGGAGUGGCUGCCAGAUGUGCAGGAUGAUGUCGGAUGGAUUCGAGAGCAGAUGUCAAAAAUAGUGCAUCGUGUUCUUCGCCAGGCGUCCACAAAGAUUUCCGAGCAUGUAUUUUUAGAGAUGAAAUGGUUUUCCUGUCAGUUGGAGCUGCACCACUACCAGUCCCUCCCAUCCCAGUUCUCCUCCACCAGCCUGUUUCCCACCUGGGUGAAUGGGCCAAGUCCUUCAGUCCAGGACAUCUUCAUGCGACUCGACCAGUACAAGACACAGCUGUCUGGAGUUCUGUGUACGAACAUGGACCUGCAAGGCUCCUUGAAAGAUGGACCGACGUCACCAAAUAAGAGCUCGUCAUCCAUCCUCGCCACAGAGGGCCUCACAAUGCACAGAGGUUGUCUCAGCGCUGAGGUCCAGGCGAACUCAUUCUAGACCCAGGAACAUUUUGAAAGAAUAUAAAUCAGAUUUAAAUCUUUGUUUGCACCUUAAUUUUUAGAUACUUCUAAGAUACUCAGACUUAUUUGUAAUCUAAUCAGCCCUUUUGUACAGUAUACAGAAAUGGUAGAAAUUUACCAUAUUUACACUGUAGAGCGUAUUUUUUAGAUGUAUUGUAUGACAGUAAAGUCAGCUAGAAUCAGGCAGGACAUAAUAUGUGUGUAGGCCUACAGAAGUGCAUUUAAACAGUCAUGUACAAACUUGAAUUACUGGAUGUUACAACCAAAAAUGUGCACUUGAAAUAGCAUGGUUGAACUAGGAGAGUGUGGAUGUUUUUAGUGGCAUGCAGUCAGACCUGUAAUAGAGAGUUUCUGCUGCAUCCCUGAUGAACCAAGACUCCUCUGCUACACAGGCAGGGAAGGACAGAAGGAGGGAAGUUCUGUUUGGUUCAGCUAGUUAGUCCAUUUAUUAUAUGCACAAGUCAAUGCAUUGUUGUGGGAGAAAAAUGUCUUUAUUAUGUUUUUAUGUCUGUUUGAAUGUAUAUGUAUUAUGUCCUUAAGAUUAUUUAUACUAGAAAUUUAAAACAGCUUUCCCCUGUUUUCCCAAUCAUGGAAACAUGUUUCCAUCAUCUUGAUUAACUUGUAAGUUAGAAUUGAAUGAUUAAGUCAGAUUUGUGUUUUAAAGUCUGAACAAUGACUUUGGUGUUAUAACAUAUCCCUUAUGUUGUUUUCUGUCCUACAAGAGAUUAUAGCUGUUUUGAUCAAGCCCCAACUUGUGCCUUAAACUUCAAUGAAACAAUUGCCAAAUUAAUUUAACAGAUUUUCAAAAUGUUGCAGGGAAUGAUAUUAGUGUGAUCAUUAAAUAAACUGGUAUUGUUUAACAUUAA